AUGAACUCUCUCGUGCAAUCGGCGAGGAGAAAUCCUCAGCAUGCGCUCGUGAGAGCUUCCGCGCGGGCGGCAGUCCAAAACCACAGCAGGACACCCGCCUUCAGCCGGUUACUUUCCACAGACAUCAGUGGCAACGCUGCGCUGCUGGCCUCAUCACGACACACCUUUGCACGACCCACCUCUUUGCGAUCACAGUUCCUCCCUGAAGAUGUCCGCAGCAUCUCGAGCUCGAUGCAGUCGCGCUCUUUCCACCUGACGGCCAGACAGCUCCAGCAGCAGCAGACCGAGAAGCCUAAGGCACCCGAGGAUGGUUCAAAGCCCGCCGAGGAUACCGCGAAGCCCACCGAGGAGGCCAAGCCCAAGGACGCCGAGUCUGAGGCCAAGGAGGAGUCAUCCGAGAAGAAGGAGGGCGAGAAGGCCGAGGGAGAGGAGGGUAAGGAGGGCGAGGAGAAGCAAAAGGAGAAGAAGGAGGAUCUGCCGCCUCCUCCGCCCCACGGUGACAAGACGCCGUGGGAGGUCUUCAGAGAGACGCUCACGACUGAGUUUGGCAAGUCAAAGGAGUGGAACGAGUCGACAAAGGCACUCUCUGGUGAGAUCCAAGACUUUACCGAAAGCGAACGAGUCCGCAAGGCCCGCGAGGCCUACGAGAAGUCCUCCGGUGCCAUCUCCUCUGCUGCAACUUCUGCCGUCAAGACCACUGCUGGAGCCAUUGGAAAGGGAGCCGCCUGGACCUGGGAUACCACCGCCAUGAAGGGCGUCCGCAAGGUCGCCAACGUGACGGGAGAUGCGCUCGACAAGGCGACCAAGCCCAUCCGCGAAACCGAGGCGUACAAGAACGUCAAGGAUGUUAUCGAUGACGGUAGCAGCUCGCGCUACGGAGGCUGGGUUGAGAAGGAGGAGCGCAGGAAGAAGCGCGAGGCCGAGGCUGCCAAGAACGGCACGCCGGAGAUUAUGGAGGAAGACCCCAACGCCGGCACCAACGUCACGCUCCACAAGGACGCCGCCUGGAAGGAGGCGUGGAACGAGUUCAAGGACUCGAACAAGUUCGCCCAGGGCUUCUUCAGCGCCGGCAAGGUCUACCGCGAAUCCGAAAACCCCCUCAUCGAGACCGCGCGACUCGUCACGGACAAGAUUGGAGGCUGGUUCGCCGAGAACGAGACGGCCCAGGUCAUCAAGAAGUUCCGCUCAAUGGAUCCCGGCUUCCGCACCGAGCCCUUCUUGAAGGAGCUCCGCGAAUACAUCCUGCCCGAGGUCCUCGACGCCUAUGUCAAGGGCGAUAUUGAGACGCUCAAGCUCUGGCUCUCCGAGGCGCAGUACUCCGUGUACGAGGCCCUGACGAAGCAGUACCUCACCGCCGGCCUCAAGUCGGACGGCAAGAUCCUCGAUAUCCGCCACGUCGACAUUGUCCGCGCGCGCAUGCUGGACCCUGGUGAAAUCCCCGUCUUCGUCAUCACCUGCAGGACACAGGAGGUGCACGUCUACCGCAACGCAAAGUCUGGCGAGCUCGCGGCUGGCAUGGAGGACAAGGUGCAGCUGGUGACAUACGCCAUUGGUAUUACCCGUGUACCAGAGGACGUCAGCAACCCGGAGACGAGAGGAUGGCGUCUCAUUGAGAUGCAGAAGAGCGGAAAGGACUACUACUAA